ACCACCGCUGCUCGUUAUUAACGUUAAUAACGUUAUCUCUCGCGUCACUCUCGUACCCCCCCCCCUCUUCUCUUCACCCCCCCUCCGUCAACAACAACCGCCUGACGCUGCCUCUGCGCGGAGGAGCCUCCCGAGGACGGAACUGCGGUUCAGGUGCACCGCUGUGAUUUAAAUUACAACUCAAGUUUAUCUUAACGCUGCGAGACGAGGAGCGGGGAUUAGCACACCGCUGAAAGACAACCCCCCCCCCCCCCCCCAUCUGAUUUGUCGACAAGUGUUUAUCCGCUGAACGGAGCUCGCCAUUGUUUUAUCGGUGAUGGGAUUCCUCCAGGAGCAACCUGCCACCCGCUGGAGGUAAACUUCUGGAAACCCUAUAUCUUCCAAGGUCAGGAUGGACACUGAAGUGCUGAAGACAUUUUGCAUAUUUGUUGCGCCUGCCUUGAGCGCUUAAUGACUUUUUGGGCCUAAACCUUAACUAGUCCUCAAAUUCACUAAACAGCUGUUAACUCGUGAGAUCUCGACCAAAAGUAAUGGAGACAGAGGAUAAAGAGGAUGUAUCACACAAGCAAACCGCUGGUAUAAAAGAGGCAGAAGAGGAUGCAGCGUCGUGCCACACAUGUGGGGUGUGUGGUCGUAGCUUUCCUCUGCUCAGCUCGCUCUCUCAGCACAUGAGAAGGCACACGCGGGAGAAGCCAUACAAGUGUCCCUACUGUGAGCACCGGACAGCUCAGAAAGGCAGCCUGAAGGCUCACAUCCGAAGCCAUAAACUGGGCCUACUCACUAAGAACGACAUAGACAAUGAGGUGCAGGGAGAUCAGGGAGAAAGAGAUGAGCCUGACAUGCUAGGCCUCCCUGAAGUCAUCGGCACACCUGACAAAGCUCAUCACAUCAAUGGGAAGGUGAAGAAGAAAGCGACUAAGAAAAAAGUCAAAAGUAAAAACGGUGUCGAGGUCGGGGACGGGCCUUUCUCCUGCGUCAUAUGCGGCCAGGUUUUCCCUCAGGUAUUGCUCCUUAAAUCCCACAUGAAACGGCACCACGGCUCCCAGGAUCACGGCUGCCGCAUCUGUGGACGACGCUUCCGCCAAGCAUGGUUCCUCCAAAGCCACAUGCGCAUCCAUCGGAUCAAAGCUCAGCUCCAAGGCGGUAGAAACAACGAGCCGCCGGCCACAAUCAACGGGACUCCUCAGGACCCGGCGUCGCUGAUAAACGAAGAGUGCCUGUACGAGCUCUGCGCCGGCUGCGGUAACUUCUUUUAUGACCGCAACACCCUGCGGAUUCACGAAAAGCUGCAUAAAACGAACGCCGAUCCUAGAAACGAAGACACGCGUUCGUCUGAGUCGCAAAUGGAUAAAAAGCACUUUUUAGAAAUUCUGAGCCUCAAGAGCACCGAGACUAAGGGGAGACCCGAGGAAAAGAUUCAGGGCAGGAGGGUUCCAGAGCUAGACCCAGUUUGUAGUUACCAAGCAUGGCAGUUAGCCACAAGGGGACGGCUAGUGGAGUCCUCAGAAAAAUGUCUGGGCUGGGAGGAGAGGCUGGCUGAUGCAGAGGUGGCAUAUGACACAGAGAAAGGAGAAUAUGUGCCCCUGAAGCAGGAAAAGAAGAGGAAACAAACUGACAGCUCCAACUCUAGUGUCAAGAAGAAGAAGGGCGAUGCAGCUCACAAUCACACAACCAACUCCCUGAGUCAUGCUAAAGGUGGAGACAAAAAGCUCUUCCAGAAGGACCGUAUCAUCCUGAAUGGACUCGGUCACGCGUUUUAUGAGGCACUGCAGACAAAGAAGAUCAGAGAACUCUCGUCUAAGCCGAGUCUGAACCUCGGGAGCCAAGAGCAGGGAGAUAAAACCCCCUACUCUUGUGAGUCCUGUGAUUUCCACGCCGCCGACUCCUCGCUGCUCAGGUCGCACCUGUACAGCCAUCACCUGGCUCCCCACGGCAAACCGAGCACCAAGGCGGGCGGCGUCGGCAAAAGCGGUUCUUCGAGAUACAUGGACUACCUCAGGAGCAGGAGUGCGUUGCUCAGUCAGCCGUACUGGAAUCCCUACCUAUGCCCUCCAGGUCAGGAGUCCGCAGAGGGAAACGUUAAGACGGAGACGUCCGACGGGGUCGAGGUGAAAGAGGACGCUGGUGGUGACGGCGGCGGUCUUCUCAAUCUUUCUUCACCCUCUGCUGCAGUUGGAAAUGCUACUUCUCCAGGAAAAACAGAGGGCCUGGUGCAACACCAGUGCCUGUACUGCUCCCACACUAGCAAUUACCCAGAAGUCCUGUGGAUUCAUCAGCGUGUCACCCACCGGGUGGAUGGCAGCAGCUCUGUAGCACCCAAGUGGGCCCCCUGCGUAAGCGUCCUAAAGAGCUUAAAAGCGGGGGCCUCCCAGUGGAGACGCACAGGACCCCCGCCGUUCCUGGAAGGCAAGGACUGCCCUGCUUUACCCGCCCCACGAACGCAGCGCACACAGCCUCCGGGUUCCACCGCCCCAAGCAGCAGCAAGCUCUCAGCCCCAAAGACCCAGACAAGCAUCCCAAGGCCAAAGCACCCAAAGGACUCACAUUCCUCAAACGCCACGCAUUCUCGUGGAAAGGUUGCGGUCCAAGCUCAGAGGAAGCCUGGCGAACAUAAACGAGUCGUAGAGGGUGCGAGUAAAGCCUCCUCUGCUCAGGCGACUUCAGUGAACAGUGGCGUGCACUCCAAGAGCCUCCCGAGCUCGCAGCCUUCAAGCAGCCCCAAGCACAGAGGCAACAGGGUGGAGGGAGUCUUCCCGCAGGAGGGUUUGGGUUUUAUGCUAGCAAGAAAUCAAGGCGGGACUUCAGCUAACGCGGCAACGGCAGCAGACCGAGCCCACUCCCGAAGACAGUCGUGGGACUUCUCCUCUGGCCUCAAGGGCCCUGAUCUUUGGGCGGCCAUCAACAUGUGGGGGCUGCAUGGUGGGAAAGCGUAUUUAGACCCACACCUUUUCGCUCAGGGAAAAAGUGACCCGACAGGAGACGCCCCGAGGGAGAUGGACCUUUUAAGUCUGCUGAAGAGCUACAGCCCCCACGAGCUGGCAGCGCUCUACCAGCACUGGGGAUAUGUCGAUCCAAGACUGGAUCCACAAGCAACGCUGCAGUUGAACGGAAGCUUUGGAAAUGAAGUUCAUCCUUCCACUGAAUCUUCCAAGCAGAAGAGCAGCCGCUCCACUCCGUCUUCAGGAUCUUUGAAUAAAGGAACAUGAGGCGCUGCCGUCGGUCCCAGAUGCCGCGAUCCUACCUGCUGCAUAAAAGCAACUCCUGUUGAGGAAAACGACAGAGGCGGGCGCGGAAAGUGCACAAUAUGUUCGAACUGCUCGAAGCAAUGAGGUCAACUCCGUUUUGGCAACGCGAUUAUUUGAUUUCCACAUGUUUUCUUUGCUUGGUAAGCUUUUAAAUGACAAGAGUCACACAUGGUAAGGUGUUGGGAAAGCUCGUGGAAAUAAUGCUCCUGUAGCUACGUAGGACGUGUCUUUAGUCGUAGCAACGUUGUGAAAAUGGAUCCAUCAAAGCAGCCGGAAAAAAAAAAACUUGAUACCAUAAAAGCAUUCAGAAACACACUUACUGCAAAAAUGUACCGUUUUAAGCUGUAUGUUAACGUCAUGUUUCAGUUAGUUAUGUUUCAUCUCUUGUAAAUGUUUUUUUUUCUUUUCUUUUUAACAUUAUUGUCAUUACUUUUUAAGUUAUUGUGAACUCAUCCAGAAUUACAGAUUAACUGAAGUCGGCGUUGGCUUUUGAGCCCAAAUUCAACCAAUAAACGUUGACCUCAGAGCAGGGAUGUACAGCUCAAGGUGCCGGUUUAUGUUUCAAUCACUUUUAUAUAAACUAUAGUCAUGGUACCUGUAUGGGUUGUUUUGUGUGAGAAUACUACUGUGUACAUUAAAAGUUGUUUUAUUUUUUAGUGACCGUUGAGAUACGGUAGAUAAGGGGUCUUUUAUUCGGAAAGGACCGCCGUCGAGCGAAUGUGUUGAACUGUUUUUGAAGCAUUAGCUCACAGCCUGAGACAGUUGCACUGACGGACGGGAGGCGGAACCAUCAAAGCUCUCGGAGCUGUUUUCGACCCAGACUGUUUAGAUUAUCCCCAUAAAUUGGUGCCCACCAUGCGGCUAGUCUGUAGCGCGCAAAAAAGGCGCCGUCAGAUUUAAAAUACAAAUGCAGCAUCCGUUAGAUUUAUUCUGUAAUUGCGACUUAGCAGCUGAAUACUGAUGUUUCUUUUUAGAAGUAAAAAAUGGUAGCGAUAACAGUUUGUACUAACGUGUCCCCUCCACACCCCUACCAGUCAAGCCACCGAAAAGAAAGGUCGUUUUGAUUUUUAACGAUUCACUUUGCUCUCCUUUUGUUUUCACGAGUACUUUGCCUGCAGGUUUCUUUUAGUAUGUUUACAUUUUAGUUACGCCGUCGUCUCCCACCGAUGAAUUGUCUAUGCAUUUGACACAAAGCCAUAAGCGUAUGAUUGUCGGGAGAUCCAAAGAGCACACAACCAUUAAAUCAAGUGUUGACAGUAAAUACCUUUCCCUGUUGAUGAACAAUGUAAAUGAAAUUGAAUUUCAGUGCUUUGUUUUUCUAAAAGUGAAAGCCCAUAGAUACUGGACAUCUGUGGAGAGAAAACAUGAAAAAUAGGGGAGUGCUGCUCUCUGAAGCAGCAGGAAACGGUGAGCUACUGUUUGUCGUUGCAAGUCCAGACUAUUUUACGAACAUCAAGCUUUAACUUGAGCUCCCACUGGUUUCAUUUUUGUGACUGUAAACACGUUUCGUAGGUAACAAUUAUGUUGGUAUCAGAUGUUAUAUUUUCAACUGCUCCAGUGUGUAAAAUUAUUUGAAUAAAAAUUGAUUAAUGUUGAUUUAUUAAAACAAGUGUUUUUGCUACAUUU